AUGCAGAGGAUUACAGCGACCAUAGCCAUAGUGGCUUCUCUCGUAGCCCUUGUUGGCGCCCAGACCUGCCAGGAGUGCCAGGCGGACAACGCUGUCUACUGCCACAACCAGACCUCGUAUCAGAAUUGCAUGAAAAAUGCUGCCUUUGGAGAUAUCGUGAAUUGUCCCACGGGCACCGUUUGCUCAAAUUCCGGAGAUGUCUGUGUGGCUAGCUCCCAGGUGGAUGGCACCUCAGUCCUGGACGUAUGUGGAACCUCGGGCGGAAAUGGUGCCCAGUGUCAAGUAUGUGCGACAGAUGCCAAGUUCUCCUGUGUCAGCAGCACUCAGUUUGCACGGUGCUCCUCCAGCGGGGACCUCAUUACCUCCACUGUGUAUAGCUGCGACGCAGAUGAGGUUUGCAUUAUCGAUUCUUUGAGUCUUUUUGGGACUCUAUGUGUGCCCACUUGUGCUGCCGAUUAUGUGGGUAUGGAGGCGACGUGCACCAACAGUGUCUACCAGCCGAUUACUACUACAGCAGCGCCGACGACAACGCCCAGUGCCGACCAGAGGCAACAGGCCUGCAGGGAUGCGGAGCCCAGUUCCAGUCCCAAUUAUUUCUACACUCGAAAUUACGACGACUCCACGUGCAACAGUUAUCUGUACUGCCAAAAAUCUGGCACUGACAACUGGGUGUCCAUCUACAUGAGUUGUGCCGCCUCCAGGCCUUUCUUCGAUGUGAGCAUCGGCAGCUGUGUGGUGUCACGUCCCGUCAGCUGCUCGGAUACCACCACUUCUACCUCUACUGUUGCUCCAAGCGAAGUAAACAAGUACUUCUGA